AUGCGUACCAUGAAGGAGAAACAAUCGAAGCAAGACAUUCACAUCUCGAAGAGGUACUCGGAGGAAAGUAGAGAAGAAAAUAAUGAGGAAGUAGUAAGGAAUCAGGUAAUUGAUGACAUUUUCCAGCUAGAAUUAAAAGAUAUACUUAAAGAUGUUUCUAAUGAAAAAGAAAUAAACGGAACCAUAGAAUUUAUUAACGAUAAAAUAAACAUACUAAAGAAUUUUAUCAACAAAAUGGCGGAGGAAAAGUAUGAAUAUUUUUACAAAUAUAUUGAUAAAAUGAGUAAUGCAAAGAAAACAAAAAAAUGGAAUUCAUACAAUUUAGAGAAUAUUGGAAAAAAAUACAAAUCAAAUUAUGAAUUUUUAAGGGAAAAAAAGAAUAAGGUGCUAUCUUUAAUUAGCGAGAAAAGGUGUUUAAUUGAAAUUGAGAAAAUUUUAAAAUUAUAUGAAAUUGUAGAUUUGGAUAUAAAAAAACUGUAUUAUGAGAUGAGAGAUAGCAAGGUUUUUGACGUCUUUCAUUCUUGUGAAGGCAAAGAAACGGAUAUGAUUGACUUGGCAUCCAUUAACAAAGAACGUUUAGACAUUCCAGAUAUGCGUAUAAACAACAAUAAAAGUGGUAGUAGCAGUGGGAUCUACACCCGUUUGCUAAUGACCCCUGACUUUGACAUCCUCGAAAAGUAUUUAAGUAGACUGAAUAAUACAAAAAGUUUCAUUCGUCACCAUAAUAUAGAGAAUAUAUCCAUUGUGGCUUUAAAGGUAAAAAGAAUGAAGACGUACGAAAAUUAUAUAAUAAGUGUAUUUAUACAGUAUUUAUCGGGAAAUUUUUUUAAAGAUACGAAUUUUGAGAAGAAGGUAAAACAGUGUAUGAAUGCGUUUAGAAAUCUAAAUAUCGAAAAAGAGUGUUUAAAAAAAAUAAUAGACUACAAAAUACGUGAAGCGAAUCCAUACAUUUUGAAUAUAAAGAAUGGGAGGGAGAAUGGUAGAAAAGAUUUCUUCACAAUAUUGCAAAAUUGUAAAAAUGGUAUUGAUCAGAUUAGUUACUUGAAUGAAAUUAUUAAAGAAAAUUACGACAUGGAAGAAGAAAUUAGAAAAGAAAAAGACAAAGAAGAAAAAAAAGGUGACAACAAUAACAAAAAUGCUUCUAACUCGUCAGAGGAAGAUAGGAAGAAAUGUAAUGAUGUACAUAUAUAUACUGAAUUUUAUUUACCUUACAUUAACUUAUUAAUAAAUAACCAAGUAAAUAAAUUGAUUAAAAAGGAAGAUAUAUUAUAUGUUCUAAAUUUAAUAGGAGAAUUUCUACAUAUUAUUCAUAGUAAAAAUGAUUUCUUCAAAGGUUAUGAAAAAGACAUACUUUUCAAUUUGUUUAACAGAGAAUACGAAGAAAUAACGUUCACUUCCAUGAAUAAACUUAUUUACCUUGUCGAACUAUUAUUUCAAAAAACUAGUAUAGGAAAUAGCAUGGACUAUGAAAAUGAUUGCAAUUUUCCUUCAAUUUUUGAUAUUAAAAAUUAUGUAGAAAUAUUUUUUAAGGAACUAAUUAUGCAUAUAUAUUAUCCUUAUAUUUUUCGUAAAAUUAUAGUAUCCUGUAAUAAUUCCCUACUCCUACUAAGUAACAAUUUAAAUAACUUAAAACAAAAUAUCAAUGUACACAUCGAAAUAGAUAUUAAAAAUAAGUAUAUAACCCUAGAUUAUGUUCAUAAAAAACUGAAAUAUAAUUUAGAGCUAUUUAUAAUUAGUAGACAGCUUUUGAGAUAUUUAAUAUACUCUUUGGCAAAACUGAAGAGAAAAAUUAUGGAAUCUAAAAUAAGUACCUAUAAAAUGAUAAAUGUUCUUUCAUGUAAGGAAAAUUAUGAGGUAGCGAAUUUAUUUAAUGACAAUUUUCAAGGGAUAGAGGAAGGUAUCCUUGGUAUAGGGAAUUAUUCCUCAAGUGAUAAUACAAUAGGUAAGGAACUAAUCACACUAUCAUUUGAUGAAUCAUUCGAGGAAUUUUUCCACUAUCAAGAUCAUUUAAAUAAUUAUUUUGGUGAUAAUUUGCUAUGUUUGGAUAAUGAUUCAAGUAACGAAUUUAUUCAGUUAGAAACUUGUGAGGAAAAAAAAAGUCAGAAAAAAGAAUAUGUCCAAGGAAACAAAUCGAUUGAAAAAAAAGAGCACAAAGAGCAAAUUGAUAUAUCCCCUCAGGGAGAUGAACAACCAAAUGAUUCUUGCUCAAAAGAAAGAGGAAAAGAAGAAGAGACAAGUAAAUAUGAUAAUAAGAAUGUAGCAGAUUUCAAAAUUAGUCUUUUUAGUGAUGUUAAACAUAACUCCUUUCAUUUGAACGAUUCGUAUAACAUUUGUGAUGAUCAUGAUAAUUAUGAAAUCACUCCUUUUUUUAUUAAAGAUAAAAAUAAAAAAAAUAAAAAAAAUUAUUUCGACUUAACUGAAUUAGAAAAAGGGAUAUGUGAGUUGAACAAUGUUGUAAAUUCUUGCAUAUAUGAAUGUUUUGAAUCUUUUGAGAAAAAAUCUAUAUGGUAUUUUAAGAAUAAUCAUAACACUUUAGGUACACAUGAUGUUCAUUUACUUUUUGAUCAAUUAUGUACUUAUUUUAAUACGAGAAUAAUUCAGUGUAUACCCAUAUAUGAGUGCACACAAAUGAUAAGCAAUUUAAUAAACCGAAUACUUAUUUAUUUAAUUGCUCUAUCUUGUUAUCAUUUGAUUAACGAAAUGGAUGUGUACCUAUUUAAGUAUUAUGAAUCACUACAGAAAAUUACAAAUAGCACAACACCAAUUUGCCUAAAUUUUGGCUGGAAGUUGUGUACACUUUUCAAAAAAUCCAUAGAUAUAAAGAAUGGAAAGGUGGCUUAUGAAGAUGUUCCCCCAUUUUUCGUUCCCAUAAUGCUUGUGAUUUUUCAUGGAGGGAAAACCAUCGUUGAUAGUCUCAGCAUUACAGAAGACAAAUUUAUUAACCUGCUAAUCGACCAUUUGAGGAAUCCUGUACAAGCAAUGGACGGGAAAGGUAGCAACAUUCAGAACCUAAAUUUCGUGGUUAAUAAAUUUGCCAAAAGUAUGUUCAGAAAGAAUGAGCAUUUUACUGCUGUACACUAA